CGGUGCUUCCGGGGGGAGGCCCGGAGCUCCAGCAGCGGUCGUUUUCUGUCGUCCGGCUUCAGAGCUCGGGUGUUGGCGCUUCUCGGACCCCACGCCCUCUCCACUCUACUUCGGGGUUCGGGCGGAGCCCGCGUCGUGCUAGCCAUGGCAGCCGGCCCGGGGGCCACGUCUGAUACGGCCCCUGCAGCUGCAGAGGAGGAAGGUAAACGUGUCAAACCUUUUACUCCAGAGAAAGCAAAAGAAAUUAUAAUGUCUUUACAACUACCAGCAAUCUUCUGUAACAUGGUUUCUGAUUGGCCAGCACAACACUGGACUGCUAAACACCUUUCAGAGGUCCUUCGUGGCAAGAAGAUACGAUUCAGGAUGGGAAUGAAAAGCAGAGGUACAGUUCCUCAGUUUGAAACUACAUGCAGUUACAUAGAAGCUACACUUCAAGAGUUUCUGACCUGGAACUGUGACCAGUCUAGUAUUUCAGGACAAUUUAGAGAUUAUGAUCAUUCCAAAUUCUGGGCUUACGCUGACUAUAAAUAUUUUGUCAGUCUAUUUGGAGACAAGACAGAUAUUUUCCAGGAUGUGAGGUGGUCUGACUUUGGGUUUCCUGGAAGAAAUGGACAGGAAAGUACCUUAUGGAUCGGCUCCAGGGGGGCCCAUACACCCUGUCAUCUGGAUUCCUAUGGUUGCAACUUAGUAUUCCAGGUACAAGGAAGGAAAAGAUGGCAUCUUUUUCCUCCUGAAGAUACUCCUUUCCUUUAUCCAACUAGAAUCCCUUACGAAGAAUCCAGUGUGUUCAGUAAAGUCAAUGUUGUCAAUCCUGAUUUAAAACGUUUUCCCCAGUUCUGGAAAGCUCGAAGACACAUGGUUACGCUGAGCCCAGGACAGGUUCUGUUUGUUCCCAGACAUUGGUGGCAUUAUGUAGAAUCCAUUGAUCCAGUCACCGUCAGUAUAAACUCAUGGAUCGAGCUGGAAGAGGACCACUAUGCCCGGGUGGAGGAGGCCAUCACCCGCAUGCUUGUGUGUGCGCUGAAGACUGCAGAGGACCCACACAAUACCAGAGCUUGGUUGAACCCCACUGAGGUUGAGGAAACAUCCCAUGAAGUCAAUUGUCACUAUUUAAAUGGAGCUGUUUCUGCCUUUUUUGAUCAUUACAGAACAUCUAAGGUAGAAAUCCCAGCACUGAGAACAAAGAGAGAGUCCAUGAGAAAGGAAGAUUUAAACAUGUGCAACCCCAUGGAGGUGGAGCAAACAAGUAGCCAGAACUUGACCUUGGGAACAGAACUGGCGGCAGCAAGCCUGUUUGGCCCUGAUCUGGUUCCUGUAGCACCGAGCUCUAGAGAACCACCCUCAGAAAGAGGGGGUCUGCGUGAAAGUGAUGGUAAAGACUUUGUCGGCAAAGGUGGAGAACACUUUGGAAAAUCGGCUUGUACCAAGAAGCCACGAAUGAUGAGUGAAACUGAGGAUGCAGUUGUGGAACCGAUUGCUGCAGAGGGCACUAUGGCCCCUUCCCAGACAUGCAUUUCCACUGAUGACUUGCUGGACUGCUUGGUGAACCCGCAGUCUUCUAAUUCAACUUGUUCAGGGAAGUUCCUUAUCUUUCUAGAAGAAUGUUUUCAAAACGUGGUCCACAGACAACCUACAUCAGAACCAUCUGUAAUGCUUGCUAAAAAAACAAACCUGCAGAUCCACUGAAUCAAAUCUGAGGGGUGGAAUCUGUGUACCUGCAUCUUAACAACUUCCUGAGAACUGUUGGUGUAGUAGAACUCGGCUGUAUAUUCUGCUCAGUCACUAAUCUGUCAUAAUUUAGUAAUUUAGCAAUAAAUUAUUUCCUUACAAUGUUUUAAAUAGUCACUGUUGUCUUGUUUACAAAGGUGUGCAGUUUUGCCAGAACUCAGCACCACCACAGGCCCACCACGUCCAUCCUCCCACAAUUUUUC